AUGCAUUGCGAGGUGGCCGAGGCACUUUCGGACAAGAGGCCAAAGGAGGCCCCUGGUGCGCCCGGCCCGGGCCGCGGGCCCGCUGGCCUGGGAGCGCACAUGGCCUUCAGGAUUGCCGUGAGUGGCGGCGGCUGCGGGGACGGGAAUCCGCGAGACUUACUGCCUCGGCUGCCCGUGCCACCACCAGGCGUCCACGACCUUCUCCGACCCCGGAGCCCUCCAGACUAUGGCGUGUCCAAGACCGGCGGCGGCAAGGUGAACGGGAGCUACGGACACUGCCCAGAGAAGAGCCUGCUGGACCUGGACCUGCCCGAGGGUCCCAGCCCCUCCUGCCACCAGGGUCUGUUUCUCCCUGCAGGGACCCCACCUCCCCGAGAUCAUCCCCCUGUCUGUGAGAGGCUGCUUCAUUUCCCCCACCCUGACAGGUCACCCAGACCCCAGGCUACAUACGUGAAUGGCAGCCUCCAAGCAGCUCAACACAUCAAGCAGGAAGCCCUACCUGACUACCAGGCCAUGGCCAGUGCCCACACGCCCCUGCCCACCCACUGCCGGGCCCCAUCUUCCACAAACCUGCAGCCAGAGCUGGACUUCUCAGGCCGAGGCCUCACUAAUCCUGCACCUUCCUGCUACCUUCUGGGCAAUGAACCUGUCUCAGGCCUGGGUCCCCAACCCGAGGCCCACCUCCCUGAGGGCAGCCUGAAACGCUGCUGCCUCCUGGGCCUGCCCCCCACCUCUUCAGCCUCCUCCUCCCCCUGUGCCUCCUCUGACAUCAAUCCUGCCAUCCACUCUUCCCAGACAGCUCUAGUUAGCUGUGUAAAUGGACUCCGAAGCCCACCUUUGCCAGGGGAGCUGGGGGGAGGACCUCCCAAGCGAUCACAGCCAGGGCCUGUGCCCGCAUCCAGUGAUGGCCAUGAGGGCAGCUUGCAGCUUGAAGCAUGCCGGAAGUCAGGCUUCCUGAAGCAGGAGCCCCUGGACGAGUUCUCGGAGCUCUUUGCUCCUCACCAGCAGGGUUUGCCACCUCCCUACCCACUGCCUCAGUUGCCAGCCGGCCCCAGCCUUGGAGGCCUAGGGCUCGGCCUGGCGGGCAGGAUGGUGGCCGGGCGGCAGGCAUGCCGCUGGGUGGACUGUUGCGCAGCCUACGAGCAGCAGGAGGAGCUGGUGCGGCACAUUGAGAAGAGCCACAUCGACCAGCGCAAAGGCGAAGACUUCACCUGCUUCUGGGCUGGCUGUGUGCGCCGGUACAAGCCCUUCAAUGCCCGCUACAAGCUGCUCAUCCACAUGAGGGUACACUCGGGCGAGAAGCCCAACAAGUGCAUGUUCGAAGGCUGCAGUAAAGCCUUCUCCCGCCUGGAGAACCUGAAGAUCCACCUGCGGAGCCACACAGGCGAGAAGCCGUACCUGUGCCAGCACCCAGGUUGCCAGAAGGCCUUCAGCAACUCCAGCGACCGUGCCAAGCACCAACGCACCCACCUCGACACGAAGCCAUAUGCUUGUCAGAUCCCUGGAUGCUCCAAGCGCUACACGGACCCCAGCUCCCUCCGCAAGCAUGUGAAGGCGCACUCAGCCAAGGAACAGCAGGUCCGUAAGAAGCUGCACACAGGUGCUGAUCCAGAGGCUGUCCUGUCCGAGUGUCUGGCAAUGCAGCAACUCCAAGCAUCCACACCUUUGCCUGCCAGCAGGGGGAAGGGCGGCCAAACCCUGAGCCAGGAGCUGCUCCCAGGUGUGUAUCCUGGCCCUGUCACCCCACAAAAUGGGCUGGCUUCGGGCAUCCUGUCCCCAUCCCAUGACGUCCCUUCCAGGCACCACCCACUGGAGGUCACCACUGGUUCCCACCACCACCUGUCCCCUCUGCCCACAGCCGAGAGCACCAGGGAUGGCCUAGGACCUGGCCUUCUCUCACCCAUGGUCAGCCCACUGAAGGGACUCGGCCCUCCACCGCUGCCACCAUCCUCCCAGAGUCAGUCUCCAGGAGGACAGCCAUUCUCCACGCUCCCCAGCAAGCCGACCUACCCACCCUUCCAAAGCCCACCAGCACCGCCUCUACCCAGCCCCCAAGGCUAUCAAGGCAGUUUCCAUUCCAUCCAGAACUGCUUCCCGUAUGGUGACUGCUACCGGACCUCUGAGCCAGCAGCCUCCAGGGACGGACUGGUGGGCGAUGCCCAUGGUUUCAACCCUCUAAGGCCCAACACCUACUCCAGCCUCAGCGCACCUUUACCUGCCCCUGGCUACGAGGCCCUGGCAGAGACCCCGUGUCCCACAGCACUGCAGCCACAGCCAUCAGAAGACCUGGGGUCCAGUGGUCCCGAGGACUGUGGCUUCUUCCCCAAUGGGGCCUUUGACCACUGCCUGAGCCACAUUCCCUCCAUCUACACCGACACCUGA